GAAAGUGUGCAAACAGUAAUAAUUUACUGGAGUAGUAAAGCAGAAAAUAUUGUCAAAUAUUAAAGCUGAAUUGACCUGAAAUGAAUUGGUGAUGACUUGAGAAAAUGAAACUUCAAAGUAGAAGCACAACAACAUGAAUAGAAUAAGGUAAGGGAGUACUAAAUGAAGUAAUAAAAGUACAGAAAGUAGAAUUUAACAAAACGAUGAAAAGAAGGCAUCAACUCAUCAAGGCAGGGUCGCAGAGACUUUAUUGUGCGUGCAUCUUGAAUGUCAUUCUACAUUUGUACUGUUACGCUAUUAGCUGUACGUAUCAAAGGACAUUUAUUUCAUUCGUUUAAUGGUGGCCGUUCAUCUUUUGGACCCUCAUCCUCUAUUCAAUUAUCGUGAGCCCAAGGCAUGCAGUUGAUUAAAGAGCGUUUGUGUGCUGCUUCUAUUUUGGCGCUGUCAGAUUUUUCUCAACCUUUCGAGGUCGAGUGUGAUGCUAGUGGUGUGGGAAUUGGUGCUGUUUUGAUCAAAGGAUCUCACAAAAAUACAGGAAACCUUGUUGAGAAAAAGUUCCUGGAAAGUAUGAACGCUUACGAGAAACUCGAGGAAGGUUAUUCCACUCAAAGACCUCCAAUGUUCAACGGAAAAUUCAACACCUACUGGAAGAACAAGAUGAAGAUCUAUAUCAAGGCAGAGAAUUAUCAAGUCUGGCGAGUCAUAGAAGCUGGCGAUUUCGAGGUAACAACGACCAAUGCUCAAAAUGAGGUUAGGAAGAUCCUAAGGAGCAUGCCACGGGAUGAUAGAUGGAGGACCAAGGUCACUGCAUUGUUUGAAACAAAGGACUUCACCAAAUUCAACAUUGAACAAUUGGCGGGAUCCUUGAUGACUCAUGAAUUACAUCUAGGAGCAGCUGUUCUUGAGAACCGAGGCCUUGCUCUCAAGGCUGAGGAACAGGAGGACUCAGAACCCGAUGAAGAAGAGGUUGCUACGUUGGUCAGAAGAAUGAAAAGAUUUUACAGGAACUCUAAACCUGGAAAUCUAAGAGGAAGGAACUCAGUGAGAAAACCAAGCGGUUACAAGUUUGACCAAGGAUCACUACUACAAAAUAGGCUUAUAGCAACGCCCUUUUAUGCAACAGUUUCAAUGGCGUUGCUAUAUCAUACUUAUUGCAACAGUUAAAUAAUUAUUAAUUUGAGUAGACUUUAACUUUAGAAAAGUGUUACUAUAGAAAAUCUAUUGCAACAGUUGUAUAAUUUAAUUAUUUAUUGCAACAGAUUUUAUUUAUAUAAUAUUUUGAUGAAA